UUUAUCUUCACGUUGAAUUAUGCGAUUGACCAGCUCUGCGUUAUCUUUAUGAUCAAACAAAGGAAUCGCACCUUGUGAACUAGGAACAAAAACAUGUUUAUUGCUACAGCCUUUACUUUGCUGUUGACAUCAGUUGCAUUCGUCUCCUCUAAACAGCUCUGCUUUAGCUGUAAUGGAGUACCAGAUGAAGCUGAUUGCAGUACCAUUACAACCUGUAGCGAUAGCGAGGCAUGUUUUGUCAGAAAAUAUACACAGCUGAAUGGUAAACCAAUGUUUGAGUCAGGAUGCUUGAGCAGAAGUAGCUGUAAGAUAAUUCAUGUAGUGUCGGGUAUCGGGAAGAAGCGAGAAACUGGGGUUACUAAUUGUUACGAGUGCUGUGAAUCAGGAAAUGUAACAUAUCCCUGCAACGACAAUUUAUGCGGAAAACCUAUUGCCACAGAGACUAGAUGUUACUCCUGUUCCGACACAGCCCAGCCCGAAAACUGCGAAAAUAUUAUUGCCUGUGAUGUAGAUUCAAUGUGUUACACGGGAACAUACAGACAUCCGCUAAGUCAUGAGAUCCGCUAUAAUAUGGGCUGUCAACGGAAAGAUACUUGUAGUGCACUGAUGAAUUUAUGGCAUAGUUAUCAGACGUCAUCACAUACGUCAUCACACGGGACAGACACGGUGACCCUGAACCACUGUAACGACUGUUGUAGCGGGGACUUCUGUAAUCUGGGACUAUGUGACAUCCCAAAACGAGUUAAGCCAAUAUUCACGAGCACGCCUCAGAACAGCACGCUCAGGCCUGAGUUUGAGGGAGUUAUACUUGUCUGUAGGACACAGCCGUCCUCCAACGCUACAAUGCACUGGGCAUUUAAAGGGCUUUCAGGUGGCACAACACUGUCUAGUCAAGCGCAUAUAACAACUGCGCCAAACAAUAUUAAUGUGACCAUUUUCCCGGUCCACCAAUCAGAUUUAGGGGAGUAUAUUUGUGUGGCAACGAAUUCUGUAGGAACCUCAACAACUUCAGCUUUCCUGUCCUCCAAAUAAAAAUACAUGCUGAGAUAUUAUGACCAUUCAACCAGCUGUACAUUUUUCCAAAUAAAGAUGAU